AUUUUUGUGUAAUCUUUUUAUUUUUCAUUAAAUAAUUUUUGGUGUAUCAUAGGGGAAACAGUUGAACCUUCUGCCCUAGGGCACAAUUUCGGCCAAUUUCGGGAGGUGUUGAUGUUUUCGUAAUGUAAUUGUUGGCAAGUUGGCAAGAAAAAUGAGCUCAAAUAACAACAACAACUCCUCCUACCUGGAGGUGAGCGGCCAGGAGGCAAGUGACAUCUUGGCUGCUGCUUUACAACAGAUGGACGGAAUUAUUGCAGGCACAAAGUUUGACAGCAGUAGUGGUAGUAAUGGGUUUGGAUCUUUAACAUCAACUCCGGAGAACACUUUAAAACAUCGUAGUAACGUAACUGAGGCACGUAUCAUAAAACUUGUAGACGAUUUAAAAUUGGCAUUAGAACUGUGUGACGAUAAGCAACAGAUUAUACGCAAACUUCCUGACGAUGUCCUCACUGCUGUUGUUGCCUGGUUACAAAGUGGGAAAGAAGAGGCCAGCAAGGUAAGACCACUGUUUUUGUCUUAUUUUAAGGCAAAUGAGUAA